CAAAAAUGGAAGAUCCGCGAAAAUCCGCCAUGACUUUCUUCUCCGAUCAAGAACUCUGCUACGCCGAUAUCCUACCUCCUUCUGAAGUCUUGCCGAGAAUAGAAGUAGCAGUUCUCAAUUUUCUCAGAAUCUUGACUUCUCCUGAUCCGGCGAUCUCAAGCCUACCAUUGAUUUGUAGAAACUCGAGCAAUGGCCGUGUGAAUCAAGGAAUUUCAACCGAAGUUCCAUGGAUUUUCCUUUCUCGAUCGCUUUGCAAUAGGUCUCUAAUGCGAUCCAACGCUACCAAAGCCUUUAUUAGAGUAUGGAAGGUAAUGGAGAUGUGCUAUAAAAUUUUAGCACAAGGAAAGCGAGUAACGCAGAGGGAGCUCUUCUAUAAGUUGAUCUGCGAUUCCCCUGAUUACUUCUCGUCUCAGCUGGAGGCCAAUAGAACCAUUCAAGAUGUUGUGGCAUUGCUUCGGUGCAGCCGGUACAGUCUGGGAAUCAUGGCAUCGAGCAGAGGACUUGUUGCUGGCCGUCUGUUAUUGCAGGAGCCAAACCAAGAGGUGGUGGACUGUUCUGUGUGUGGAUCUUCUGGGCAUGCCAUUUCUGGUGACUUGAAUCUUUUGGAUCAGCUGAUAUUGAAAACAGAUGCACGCUACAUAAUAGUAGUGGAAAAGCAUGCAAUAUUCCAGCGUCUGGCAGAGGAUCGCAUUUUUAAUCAAAUUCCAAGCAUUCUAAUCACAGCUAAAGGCUAUCCAGAUAUUGCCACAAGGUUUCUCCUCCACCGAAUGAGCCGGGUUUUCCAUGAUUUACCGAUUCUGGCCUUGGUUGACUGGAACCCAGCUGGAUUAGCUAUUUUAUGCACAUUCAAGUAUGGAAGUUUCGGCAUGGGAUUGGAGGCUUACCGAUAUGCUUGCAAUGUAAAGUGGUUGGGACUGCGAGGAGAUGAUAUAGAGCUCGUACAUGCAGAAUCUUUAGUUCCAUUGAAACCAAAAGACCUGCAAAUCGCUAAGAGCUUGAUGUCAUCAGAUAUCUUGCAGGAAGAAUACAAAGAAGAACUGGCAUUAAUGGUUCAAAGUGGGCAGAGAGCUGAAAUUGAAGCUUUAUAUUGUCAUGGAUAUGAUUUUCUAGUAAAGUUCAUAGCAAAAAAAAUUGUACAAGCCAAUUAUAUCUAGGAACAAAAGUCCAAUAUAAUGCUUGUAAGGAUAUCAUUACUCAUCCUUAUUACUCCCAACGAAGACUAAAAAAAAAAUCCAUCAU